UUAACUUUUUUGGAUUGUAAAGUAUUACUUAGUCCAGAUCAUGAAGCAUCCAAUGGUUUAAUUCAUCGAAUUGAUGGAGCUCUUCCACCGACACAUAAAUAUCCAACAGUAUUAAAACGUUUAACAGCUGAAUCUGAUCUGUCAGCAUUUGUACAAAGUUUACCACAAGAUUUGAAAAGAAAAUUAGAUGAACCGAAUUCAAAUGAAUGGUAUACAGUUUUCGCGGUACCAAAUAAUGUUUGGAAUAAAUUGACAUCGGGCAUUGUUGCAACCGAAACUAAAGAAGCGUUAGCACGACAUCAUGUCAUGAAUAAAAUGCUUUGUUCCGAUGCAAUUGUCAAAAAUUCUAAACAUAUUGGUCCAACAUUAAGUGAAGCUUAUAUUGGCAUACAAAGAAAUUCAAAUGGAAAUUUAAUUAUCAAUGAUUUAUGCAAUAAACAAAUACCAAUUCAACGAACAGAUUUAAUGUCUGGUACAGGUGUGAUACAUAUUAUUGAAAAUUCAAUAAGUAGUUUGGAAUCAAUGAAAUUAAAUGAAGCACUUGAAUGUUUAGAAAAUAAUCCUUCAUUAGGCGUUAAACAAGCUGCCAAUGAAAUGCGUAAAUGUCAGAUGGAUCUUAGCUCGUCUGGUGAUGAUAAUGUUAUACUUCUACCGAAUGAUGCAGCUUUUCAAUGUAAGUAAAUU